CUCUACUCCACUCCACCACUAACCCACUCCUCCUCUCCCUCUUCUCUUUUUAUUGGGCCCUCUGUUUCUGUUUCACCAGUGCCUGCAAAUCCAGCGGAAACUUGACUGUCUCCUCCAUUUUUUUUUAUUAAACCCUCCCUUCUCCUUCUUCUCCUCCUCCCUCUUCCUUCCCACCACACAGACUCUCAUUCCCUCCCUGAUCUCUUCACCACUCUGUUCUUCCCCCCACCUUCUCUAAUGGCUACUCUCUCCGUCGCAGACCCGGACCACAGGGUUCCUCUCAAACCCGAGUUCCACUUUCCAUCCGAGUUCCCAUACGAGUUUGACUCGUCCCCCGACACUGAUAGCGGCGACGACGAGGACGAUUUCUUCGCCGGGUUAACUCGUCGCCUGACUCAGCAGCUCUCCUUCAAGUCCCAGAAGAACCGGGUUGUGGUCGGGUCGCCCGAGUCGACGCUGAACGGGUUGGGAAGCAUGUCGGUUUCGAGCAACGGGAGCCCCAACGGAGCUUCGUCGCCGACAACUACCACUACUCCGUCCCCAUUCGGAGCUAAAAACGACACGUGGGAUCUGAUUUACGAAGCCGCCGGACAAGUGGCGAGGCUGAAAAUGGCCACCGCCAGCAGCAACGGCGGAGCUUCUAGCAAGAGCUGUAGCAACUUUCAGGGGAUUCCCUCAUCUGGGUCGUUUUACCCUCUCAGCCACAAUAUUCCGCAGCACAUGGCACAGAAUCAGCAGUUGAGGCACGAACAUGCAGCUCCAAAGGGGCAGUGGCCUUCGGUUUGGGAGAGGCAGCAGUUGCAGCAGCAAGUGAAGGCAGCCAACUGGCAGAAAUUUCAGCCGCCGCAGCCGCAGAUCUCGUGCAGUAAAGGUGUGUAUGAAAGCGGAAGAUUUGUUGUCCGGCCGCCGCCGCAGCCGCUGCCCGCUUGGCCGCCGCUUCAAACGAAUCGUGCCCAAUACAACCAAAAUCAGACUCUUGCGAGUUCGAAUUUGGGAACUAGGGCAUCAGCAGGGUAUGUGGGCGGCGGAUUUGGUUCUAAUUCAAAGAGGGAAUGCGCUGGGACAGGGGUUUUCCUUCCUCGUAGAUAUUCGAACCCUACAGUGGAUUCCAAGAAGAAGCCUGCUCCUUCUGGUACUAACAUUUUCAAUUUCCUUGUAUUUUUGUUGUUUUCUUCUUGCCCUCUUGUGGGUUCCUGGCGGUGGACUUUCGGGGUUUGAUUUUGAAAUUUCAAAAACUGACAUUUUGUGGGUUUGUCACUUUCGAACUUGCUCAGCAGUUCUUCUGCCGGCGAAGGUAGUCCAUGCACUCAACUUGAACAUGGAGGAGACGGCGAGUUAUAGCGGCCAGGGUCAGUCUCGUAUCAACGCCUCUUUCGCCGCUGAUUAUGCGGUCCUGUUGGCAAGAAGGAACGCGCUGCUGGCACAGCAGCAACAGAAGAGAGCAAUGCUCGCCGAAAGUGCAUUGAUAAGCCAUGAAAUUGGGGCUGCGCUGCCUCAGGAGUGGACGUACUGAUUCGCAGGGUCUUUGGUUUUGGGGAAACUGGGAUUAGGGUUUUUUUUGGGGCCAUAUUAGGCAACAGUAAUAAGAUGGGUUUUAGACUUUAGUUGAAGGAGGGAACUGAAGAAGUUAACAAGUUCCCUCUUCUUGUUUUUGGGGGGUUGAUUUUGAACCAGGCAGGAGUAGAAGUGGGAGAAGGAUAGUGAAGAUGAAGAAGGGGGGUAAUUUUGUUUGUAAUAAUGUGGGUAUCAUUAGUAAUAAACUAUAGUGGGGGUAUUUGUUAGUUAUAUUAAUUAUUGGUUUUGAUGUCCUUUAGGGAACAGGAAGGGAAGGUUCUUUGUAAUCCAAGGGGAAAAGAAAGAACAGUAGAAAGGAGAGAAUGGAGACAUCUUAAAUCUAGUUCUUCUGUUAUCUCUCUCCAGGAGCUCUCUAGGCUCUGUUUAGGAUCCAGUAAUGUCUCUCUCAAGACUCUUUAAUAUUGUGUUACUUUCCAGUUUUUACCAUUACUAUUUACUACCCUCUUCCUCCCCUAGGCGGACUGUAAAAUUCUAAUAAAGGUUGAAAAAGAAAG